GACGAAUUAAUUUACUAUCCUCCAGCGAAAACUCUGGUUCGUAUAAUGGAACUUUUUCCGUUUGUUAGUGCCAGUAUCGUCCGCUGGAUGUUGCCGCACUCUGCUUUCAGCUACGAUCAGCUUCCUGUGUUUCUGCUUAUCAACCUUUGCAGUGCAGCUGACAUCUUUGAGAUUUUUGAGCUCAUGGAUGAGCCCCUGUCUGAUAUUGUUGAUUUAUGGCUCAUGAUCCUUUUCAUAUGGCCUGCCAGCCUAUUUCACCUGUUCAUUAAAAAUGUCCUAAGAGUUGACGCCCGUUCUCCGUUGCGACGGGGAACUAUAGGCACCAAUCAACACUGCUGCCUGCGCGGUUCUAAAAACGAAGACGAUGGCCACCCAAACUCCCCGUCGGAGAUGGAAGCAGGCCUAGGACGCAAAAAUUGUUGCGAUUGUUCGGGGCCUAUUUGUCACUUCUUCAAAAUUGAGCUUUGGGGAAUCAUGUUGCCAAUCCUGAUCCAGGAUGUGCCUUUUCUGUAUUGGCGGAUAAAAUUCAAUUUCGAGUACCAGAUUUAUAGCACACGAAUCUACUUUUUUUUCCUGAAGAACGCUCUCUUCAUUCUGAUACAUGUCUACCAGGCUGCAGUAAUGCUGCACAGGGCACUGUUAGAAGCAUUAGUUGGAACUGAAACAAAGCCGGUACAUUCACUUUCACUCAUAAUCUGA